AUGGAAAUCACGGAUACGAUAAAGGAGCGCCUUCGGUACUUUUUCGUGCAUCACAGCGAGCCUCCUCUCCCUCUAUCGACCCAUGAUGGCACCAGCGCGUCCACCUCGCCUCGGACAAGCAGCGGCGCUGCUGCAGCCGGUGCUGGCGGCCGGUCUGUUUUUAUUCAAGAGGUGGACUGCAUGAAGCUCCUCGACGUCUGCCCAGAGGUCGGGUGCACACUGCUGGUUCAGACCACAACAGUCAUGGAUAUGCUGCGGGUGGAGUGCGCGGCACUGUGCAAAGAGGCUGGGCAGGCGGGGAUCCUCAGCAGCAGCAUCUCCAUCCGCCUCACGCACGUGCCAGCAGCUAUGACAGGACUGCCGUCGGUGCCACCCGCUGGCGGCCAACUCGUGCAGUUAUGCGGGUCGAUCAUUCGCAUGUCGACCAAGCGCGUGGUGCCGUAUGCGUCGCGGCUAAUGUGCCCGCGAUGCCAUGCUACCACGGAGAUCUUCACAAACGCUUUUGACCGCGCGACGGAAGCCAAGGCGCAGUGCUCGCAGCCCGCCUGCAAGCAUGAGCCGAUGCAGGUGAUUGGUCAGGUUUGGAUGGACUACGCCGAGUGUCGGCUGCAGCAGCGGUCGAACCAGUCAGGCCACCUGCCUCGCAGCGUCCUCGUCACGCUGGAUGACGAGCUCAGCAUGAAGUGCUCGGUGGGCCAGUUCGUGGAGGUGGUGGGGAUCGCCUUUCCAAAAUGGCGGCAUGUUUUUCCCUCUAGCAGGCCGAGCAUCGAACCGGCCAUCUGGGCGGUCAACGUGCUCCCUAUGGAGGCGUAUCGCGGGGCGGCCACGUCGACGAGUGGUGCACCUGGACUGCGUCGCCGCGCCGGCAAGACGGACCGGCCAAAGUUCAACCCAGAGCAUUUCUUCACCUCUUUCUGCAAGAACAAGCGCAAACGCGGCGUGACGCUGGUGCGGUCCGUGUGCCCGCAUCUCUCCGGCCUCUUCGCGCCCCGAUUUGCAGUGCUGCUCUCCGCCCUCGGCGGGGCGUCGACGACGGGGAAAGUUUCCAUGCACGUACGCAACACAAUUCACUGCCUCUACGUUGGCGACCCCUCGACUGGCAAGACGCAGCUGCUGCGCUUUGCGGCGGCCAUCGCGCCGCGCAGCACCUCGACGACCGGCAUGGGCAGCACCUCCGCCGGUCUCACAGUGGCGGCCGCGAAGGAGCAUGGCGAGUGGGUGCUGGAGCCUGGUGCAUUGGUGCUGAGCGAUGGCGGCUCUUGCAUCAUCGAUGAGCUCCGCACCGUCUCUCCAGCGGAUCGUGCCUCGCUGCAUGAGGCAAUGGAGCAGCAGACCAUCUCCGUGGCAAAGGGCGGUCUCGUCACGAAGUUGCGCACCGCCUGCGCGGUCUUGUCGGCCUGCAAUCCGCCGACCCGCCGCGGUGGUCGAACGGAGAUCGGCGUUGGCGGUCCGCUGCUGAGCCGCUUUGACUUCAUCUUUCUUCUCUGGGACACGCCGAAGCCAGAGGUGGAUGCGCGGAUUGCGUCGCACAUGCUGCGAGCCAAUACUGGAGCACAGACGGUGCUGGAGGAGGAGGAACUGACAGUGGACGAGGUGGCGCGGUACCUAUGGUGGGUGCGCACCCAGUACGCCACGACAGACGGCCCUUUUCUCUCCGACCCGGCCGCUGACCUACUGGGCCGCUACUACGAGGUCCAACGGCAGCGUGGCGCCAGUCCUGCCCUGGAUGACGCGGUGCCGGUGACCGUGCGGUUCCUUGAGUCCCUCGUGCGACUCACACAGGCACACGCGAAGCUGCAUCUACAGACGAUAUGCACGCUCGAGGACGCCGCGAUGGCGGUGUUUCUCAUGGAACGCACCGCGUACAGCCUCAAGUGCCCGCUGGACGCUGUGGAGCCCGGAAUGUACAGCAGUUCGCUUGAGCUGGACGAGGUGUUCCUCUCAGAUGACCCUGCGGCGCUCGCUCAGCAGGACGCGGUGCUGUCCGCCAUCGUCGAUGUCAUGUUCCACUACCAGCUGCCGUCAGCGGACCCCUUUAAUGGGACCGAGAGGAGAGGCGACGAGGAGAUUGCCUUGGCAGAUCUUCCCUUCAUGCGGGCGAUGCGCGUCACUGGCGCAUCGCAGAAAACAAACGCCGCUUCGCCCACCGGCGACGUUACAGGUGAGGACGAGGUGGCGGACGGUACGCUGCUGGCUCAGAGGAGGGUCCCCUCAGCCUUGCUGCAGGACAAGACCCUUGUCGCCAUCGCCAGCGCUGAGCGACUGGCGGAGGAGGUUGGCCGGACCUCUGGCACCGCCUACAGCGUUGCGCGCUAUCCCGGCUCCAGUAUUGAGCGGGCCGCGGACUCGUCGCCAAGAGCCGUGGCGGAUCUCUUGCAAUCUCAGCGGGUGCGUCCGUCAUCGUCUGUGGCACCAUGCGCAUUCGCUCCCUCGCAGCCGAGCCCGCUACCCGCUCUCGUCGAAGAGGGGCAAGCACCGGAUUACACACAGCUGAUGGCAGGAAAGAGGCCGAAGGAGGCGGGCGAGGAUGAGCUGCUGCUACCGGAUAGCGAGCACCACUCCUCCGCCUCCAGCGCGCCGCCCUCGCAGCAAAUGGCGGCCCGUCCUCUUCCAUCGCCGUCAUUAUCCGUUCCCGAAACCGGUUCAUUGCCGUACUCGCUCCUGCCAAACGGUGCGCGGAAACGGUCUGCUGAGGACAUCAUGCGCAGUCUUCGAUUCCGCCCGUGA